AUGACUAACCGUUUAGCUGCUGUUUCGCCUCCAACUGAAAACUUAAUUAUUCCCGGAAGAUCUUGGUUUGAAAGAUAUCAAAUUGUGAGUUACAUUCUCGAAAGUAGAUCAGGAAAUGAGGAAGAGUUAGCUGAUAUGAUCAAACGAUGCAAUGUUGUAGGAGUUCGCAUUUACCCAGAUAUAGCUCGGAACCACAUGACUCUGAUGAGUGGUAACGGAACUGCGGCAAAUGUAGCAGACUAUGAAGAUAAGUGGUACCCUGGAGUACCAUACGAAUCGUCAGAUUUUCAUACACUUUGUGAGCUAGACAAUGUUCAAAAGGCUACGAUCGUGGGAAACUGUGAAGUCGCUGGUAGUCUAGAUCUCGAUCAAGUAAGUACCAACUCCUUCACAGACAGUUCUAUUUUUCAAACUUUGGACCGUAGAUUACAUACGAGAAACUCAAACCAAUAUACCGACCUGAAUACCGACCAUGGGUUUCCAGAAGGUUCUAGACCCUUCAUCUACCAAGAAGUGUCAGAUCUAGGUAGCCAAAUUUUGACAUACAAGAAACCUAAACCUUAUAGAAUGGCACUCGCUUUUAUGUUUAGUCAUCCAUAUGGUCCACCCCGUAUGAUAUCGAGUUUUGCUUUUGAUACUUACGAGCAAGGUCUACCUCAGGACGAAAAUAGAAAUUUAAUUUCACCAAAGAUUAAUGAAGAUGGUUGUUGUGGCAAUGGUUAUGUUUGCGAAUAUAGAUGGCGUCAGGUUUAUAAUAUGAUAAAAUUCAGAAGCGUAGUAGCUGGAACAGAUGUAGAGAAUUGGUGGUCAGAUGGAAAUCAGAAAAUAGCGUUUAGUCGACGAAAUAAAGGGUUUGUAGCUUUUACAAAUGGGGGAGAUUCAAGCGAAAAUCUGAUUAGGGGGGACAUAUUGUGA